GAAUGGCUGCUGGGGAGCUGCCCCUGGUGCAGAGCUGAGGCUCUCUGCCUCCCUGUGCUCACACUUUCGUUUUCUGCAGUGCCUGGAACACGGUGCAUUUACAGGAAUAGCAUUUUGUGCAGCCUUUGGCCUCACCCUGUGUGUAUGAUGGUGACAGGGGGCUCUCUUGGGUCAGGGCCUCCAUCAGAGCAGCACAUGUCAACAUUUUUGGAGAGGAUCCAUCCUGGCCUUCCACUGGCACAAGCUGAGUGCCAGCUGAGUGCUCCACAAACAGCACCUGGCUAUUUGUGGAGCAGCUAUCUGUGAUCCCAGCACUGCCCUCUUCCUGAUGAUGCCUAUAAAACCUCUGCUGAGCUGCACAGCAGCUCCAGACCCAGCACUUCUGUGCAGGAGGAGAGCAGGAACAGCACAAGCGCAGCAGUCAGAGCUGGUGACACAGCACAGAGCUGCUUGGGCUCCCCGUGUGCCUGUGAGUGCUCUCCCAAUGGCAGGAUGUCAAAGCACUGAAUCCCAGCUGAACAUCAUCCUUGUGGGCAAGACGGGGAGUGGGAAGAGUGCGACGGGGAACACCAUCCUUGGGAAGAAGGCAUUUCCUUCUUUCUCCGCACAGUCAGUAACCCAACAGUACAACAAAGCUGAAGGCAAUUUUGCUGGAAUACCAAUUGAAGCUGUUGACACUCCUGGCCUAUUUGAUACAAGGGAAGCCAACGAAAGAACCGUUGAAAAGAUUAAGAAUGCCUUUCAGAACCUCUAUGCAGGGGUCCACGCCAUCAUCCUGGUGAUGCAGCUGGGCCGAAUCACUAAGGAAGAGCAGGAUGUGGCUGAGUGGGUGGCCAAUUUUUUCCAUACUAAAGCAGAGAAGUACACAAUCCUGCUGUUCACCCGGGCAGAAGAGCUGGAGCAUCCCAAAGAUCUGAAGGAUUUCAUAGAAGAGAACACAUACCUCAUGGGCCUGGCAAGAAAGUGUCGGAAUCGCUACAUUGGUUUCAGCAACAGAGCUAGUGAAGAGGUGAGGGAUGGGCAGGUUGCAAAGCUCAUCUGCAUGAUCGAUGCCAUGGUGGAGAAGAACUAUCCUGAUCCACAUUACACCCGAGAGAUGCUGGAGGAAGACACACGGACAUUCUUUGAGAAGUUCUGUACCAUCCUGUAGGCAGUGAGGGGUCAGUCUGGGAGGAGACGUCUCCUCCGUUGUGCCGUCCCUGCAGUGCUCUGAAGAUGACGCUCUCCUUGCUCGCUUGCAGUUCCAUCCUUCUCCCUCCAUGCCCCGAGCUUUCCCCCGCCCUGUGUUGCUGCUUUCCCCCGCGGUGAGACUGUUUGGCAAGGUGUGAGCGGUGCUGGUGUCAGCAAUACGGCUGUGGAGAGCCAGACUGAGGGCUAAGUAUGGGCAUGAGGGUGAAUAAUGGUACAAAAUGUGUGGCCGCUUGGACAGGAUCUGUUGCUAGGUACUGGUAGGCAGGUCUGUGGCUGUGAGGAGUGCCAGGGCCUUGGCAGUGCCGCGGGAUGGAGGCAGCACCUGUACGAGGUGGGAACGACUGACUGACUGACUCUGCAAUUUGAGAGGGAGGAGGAGUGGAAAUGGGUCAGCAAAGGGGACUUCCCCCAUCCCGACCAUCCUCAGCUCCCCAGGUGCUUCUGUGCAAUAGGUUUAAGGCCAUGGAAGUUAAAGGAAAGGUGAGUGAGAGUGUGGAGGGAGGUCCACCCGUAAGGUUGCCUUGGGCGAAGCGGGUGACCCUAUGCCUCAGGACUGCCUCUACCUGAAAGGAAAGAAGGGUGGUUGUCAUUGGUGACUCCCUUCUGACAGGAAUGGAAGGUCCUGUAUGUUGGCCGGACCCUACCUGAAGGGAGGUGUGCUGCCUCCCUGGGGCAUGGGUCAGGGGCAUUUCAAGGAAACUUCCUGGGCUGAUUGGCCCUUCUGAUUACUGCCCACUAUUGAUAAUUCAGGCGGGCAGUGAGGAGGUUGCUGUGAGAAGCCUGAGGUCUAUCAAGAAAGAGUUCAGGGGACUGGAGCAAAUGCUUGAUGGAGCUGGGGUGCAGGUGGUCUUCUCUUCUGUACCUUCAGUGGCAGAAAAAAGUACUAUGAGGAUCCAAAAAACCCAGCUCUUAAAUAGAUGGCUUAAAAGCUGGUGUAAGCAUAGGAAUUUUGUGGGGUUUUUUUGUUUUUUUUUUUACCUCGGGGCAAUUUACUCAGCACCUGGCAUGGUGGCUGUUAAUGCAUGUAGCCUGUCUUCAAGGGGUAAGAGGGUCUUAGCUGAGGAACUGGCAGGACUCAUAGAUAGGCCUUUAAACUAGUUACGAAGGGGGAAGGGGACAAAACAAGAGCUUGUGGGGUUGAAGGGUUGUUCAAGGGCUGUAGCAAACUCUAUGGGUGUCACGGUUUACCUAGAUUGAGCUGUGCCCAUGACAGGGGGCAGUCACCCCGUAGGGCCCCCGGCCUGGAAAGAAAGGAAAAAG